AUGCUGAAACUGCAAAUUGCUAAUGCUCAAGAUCGGAAAGAAGCUCAAAACAGAGAGCGGCGACGACAAUGCGAGUUAGAAAGAAGAUCUCGGAUAUUUAAUGCCAGAAAUAGAAAAAUUGGUGUUGACCUUCCCUUCUUGGAGCGUCAAGUAGAAGAGAAGAAAGCUGAAAGAGAAGAACAAGAAAGAAAAAACCUCGCAUUCGCACGACAAAUGAUCAAAGACAGCAACCUCGCGGUCGUCUUAGAGGCCAGGGAGAGAGAAGAACGACGCCGUAUCGACACGGAGAUUGAUGAAUUUCGUCAAAAAUACCAACGUAAAGAAGACAGCAGGGAAUACGAUCUAAAUGACCCCAAUUCGUUAAAGAUGCAAAUGCCUCCACGAGCAUCCGACGGGGAACCAGUCGGCUUGUCCAGUGCACAAAAAUUUGAAGGCGAAGAUCUAGAGUAUGAAGAACGUAAGAAAAUAAUGGCGGCGCAAAAGAACGCGUGGCUCGAACAGCAAGUGCAGGAGCGCAAGGCUGCUGAGGAGGAGCGCAAACAGGCAGAAGCCGCCUACAUGAUGGCGAUUAGAUCCCGAGACGCUCGUGCCGGAGAACUGGACAAGUUGGAGAGAGAAUGCCGAUAUCGACUCGGUCAGGCCAAUUUACGUUACAAUGAGGCUUUGGCGGCAGAAAAGAAACAAUUGGAACAAAUAAUGAAGGAGCAAGAAGAAGCAGACAAUGCGGCGGAAAUGUACAACAAUCUCACGUCAGACAUGUUGACUGAGAACCCAGAUGUGGCUAAAAGCGCUCUCGGAAAGAACAGAGCUAUCGGCUUCAUGUACAAAGGCAUGAAUCAAGAAGAACUGAAGAAGUUUUACGCGGCGCAGAAAGACCAAAUGGCGGCGGCUAAGGCUAAACGUGAAGCCGAAGAAAAGAUGGAAGCCGAGUGGCAAGCGCUCGCUAAAUCCAUACAAAGGGAAGUCGCCACGCAGGACAUACAAGACCGAAGGAAGAGAAGGGAAAUCGCGAGACAACUAAUGGAAGAAAAUCAGUUACUGGCGCUUCAACAAAAGGAAAAAGAAAAGUAUUUCAAAGAAGUCGUCAACAACAACGUUCCGACCGACGAUUACUACUCGCAAUUCAAUACAACUACCAGA